AAGAAAAUUACUCCACAUAUCCGCCGUAGUUUUCUUUCUGGGCACGAUUCUCCUCAUGGGCACUGCCGUCUUCGAGAAUUUGUUCGGAAAUGUUCGACGGCAGCAUUUGGAUUUUGGAUCGACAUUUUCUGGUUUUAACAACGAGACGGGAGCCGGCCACUUCAUCGUUCCCAAUAUCAUCCACUUAAUCCGGUUCAGCCAACCGGAGUUUUCUUUCAUCGAUUACAUUUGUAUCCAGGCGGCUUUUCGUAACCAUCGACCCGACCAUUUCUACAUUCAUACGAACGAAGAGGGUCGACAAUUUACGGGCAAGUACUGGGAGUUGAUUGAACGUGAUCUCGAACUUAGAUCUCGCAUCCGCAUUUUGCCUCUGGAGGCGCCGUCUGAGAUCUUUGGACAAGAAAUUCCUCCUGAUUUAAGACCAUAUCACGGUGGUGAUAUUGCACGCAUUCGCACAAUGAUGAAAUACGGCGGCAUUUAUCUAGAUAACGAUAUUUACGUCAUCAAAAAUUUAGAUAAAUACCGUAAAUACGAAAUUUCCAUCAACUGGGAUAAGGAUCAGUUUCUUGGCACUCAAGUAAUUAUUGCUAAUCGACGUGCUCGUUUUCUUGCCAUGUGGCUCGAUUCUUAUCGUGAAUAUCAUCCAGAAUUGUGGUACUAUAAUGCGGGAGAGCGCCCAACCACAGAGAUCUUAUAUCGCUAUCCCGAAUUGAUACAUCGAGUGAAAGUGCAAUUCGGAGCUGAUAUUUCUUUAUCUGUGAACCUCUAUACUGAAAAAGAAUUUAACUGGCGUUCGCUGGAUACCAUCCAUCUCAUGAUCAAUCAUCGAAGUUACCUGGAUCCCUACUACAACGAAACACCGUCGUUUGAUGAAAAUGUAAUCAAAACUUAUCUCUAUCCAUUUGGUGAAAUGGCACGUGAAAUGGUUGCGGCUUCCGGAAUGAACAACUUUAUCAACGCAAAGAAUUGACAAAAGCCGCGUUUUUUCAGGUCCAUCACGAGCGAUAACAAAAGAAAAUGCAAGCACAUUUUAAUGUAGAGAGAGAUUGUUUGUUUAUGUGAGUCAGGGACCUAUUGCAUUAAAAUAUAACUAGUGAAAUAA